AUGGAUAACGCUGGCCAUUGUUCACGCGAGGGCAGCAGUCAUUGUGUGCCUCAUAAAGCAGUGGUUAUUGGUCUUUAUGGAAUAUCAGGGGUGGGAAAAUCAUUUCUACUUGAUCGACUGAAACGAGAAUUGGAUGAAGAAUUAUUCAACUACCAUGAAGGCUCCGCUGUUAUUGCCGAUAUUGUACCUGGUGGACUCGAGGCCUUCCAGUCGCUAGAGGGAGGAGAAAAAGCCUGCUGGCGCAAGCAGGCCAUCGAAACCAUCAGAAGAACGUCAAUCGAAACGGGAAAGAUUGCCGUCGUCACCGGGCAUUUUAUGUUUUGCUCUGAGCAAGGUGCCCUGGAAACGGUCCUCACAGAGAGCGACCUUGAGGUCUUUACACACAUACUGUAUCUGGAUGAGUCCGCCAACGUAGUGUGGCAGCGGCGCCAGCAGGACACGCAAAAGUACAGGGUGGAGCUGCCUGUUCGCGCGAUUCAGCAAUGGGUUGAGGCCGAAAGAACGUCUUUGCGUCAGCUUUGCUACGACCACAGUAUCCUGUUCUGUCUGGUACGAUCGGAGAAUGUUGCUGGUAUAAAACGUCUUUUGUUGGACUUUCAAAAGCACGACGAGAUCUACAACUUGAGCGUCGCGAUGGACUCUCUUGAUGAUUCCUUGCGCUUUAGUCAUACCAAUUCCAUCGACACUUUCCUAGUCCUGGACGGGGACAGAACCUUGACUGCUGAGGAUACUGGAGACAUGUUGUGGCGGGCAUGUACCCCUCGACAAAAUGAUGUGACACCAUUGAAGGCUAUCUUCAGUAGCCAUCUGAGAUACUCAUAUGCUGCGUUUCGCCAGGUAUCAUUGCUCUAUGAGCAAUCAUUUGACGACGACGAACUUGAUGAGAUCUGUACGCGCGUGGCGUCUUCAGUCGAAUUGUAUCCCGAAAUGCUCUCGUUACUACGCCAUGCCCAAUCUAAAGAGCAUAUUGGUGCAGUGAUCGUGACCUGCGGGUUGCGUGCAGUGUGGACUAAGAUUCUCGAUAAGAUUGGUCUCUCUCGCAAGGUUGUCGUCAUCGGAGGUGGUCGCAUUUCAGAUGGAUUUGCUGUCACCCCUGGUGUGAAGGCGGCAAUAGUGGACCGUCUCAAAGAAGUGUACUGCGCGUAUGUCUGGGCUUUCGGUGAUAGCCCGCUCGAUCUCGGCAUGCUGAGCAGAGCCGAUGAAGCUAUUGUUGUUGUGGGGGACGUUAGCACCAGAAGCCAAUCAAUGGAGACUAAACUAGCAACGGCUAUCGAUAGUGGUCUACUGCGCGCGCGCCAAUUACUCCUACCGGAAGGGAUACCAUCACGCCUAGAUGCAGAAAGGCUUCCUACAGUUCGACUGGAGUCACUGAUGGGCUCAAUUGACUUUCGAUUCCGUGUGUGCCACAGUACGGAUACGAACGCAGCCAAGCUAUUAGCGACGGCUACGCGGGACGCCAGAAUUAGUGGUCCUCUCCUCAGAGAAGCGCAUCGACGCGUUGGAUACUACUUAUCAAUAACCCACCUGUCUGACCUACUAGGCCUCGAGACAAUUCAGAUACCUCACGUGCAGGGGCAUACUACUGACGGGUUCCAGCUCUUCCAAGAGUUGAGGACAGCAAUAAUAGCACUGAUGCGGGGAGGGGAGCCAAUGGCCUUCGGGGUCAGUGAUGCAUUUCCGAAUGCGAUGUUCCUACACGCUCGUUGUGUGGCGGACAUUGAGGAAACACAUUUGAAAGACAGAAACAUUGUCAUACUUGUAGAUUCAGUCAUCAAUACUGGAAAGUCUGUCUUGCAAAUGGCGCAGCAUAUCCGUGAGAUCAAUACGGCCAUACAAAUUGUGGUAGUGGCUGGUGUGGUUCAGAAGCAGGCUGUGUCUGUCCGCAGUCCGCUUCACACUUUUGCGCGCGAGGGGAACAUCAACCUUGUUGCCCUUCGUCUCUCGGCCAACAAAUACACAGGCAGGGGCUCGACGGAUACUGGAAACAGACUUUUUAGCACAGUACACUUGGCGUGA